AUGAGUGGAAAGUGGAAGAGAAUAGUUGUAUCUUUGAAAACAAAAGUGAAUGCAUUUAAGAGAUUGGACAAGGGUGAAUCAAUAAAGAAAGUUGUUUCAGAUUUAGGUGUCGGAGAAGUAACUGUUGGAGAUUGGAAGAAUACCAAUGGAACCUCCGGAGAUCUACGAAUUGUAAAGAGAAUUUACUGGGUAGCACAACCUCCUUCGGGCCCGCGUAAUAACCUAACUCUUCCUGUACACGCAGUGAUAAUUCAUCACACUGAUACUGAGUCCUGCAAUACACAAGGUGCCUGUAUUCUUCAGACUCGUACAAUCCAAACUUUUGACAUCGAGAGCAGAUCAUUAAAUGAUAUUGCAUAUAACUUUCUAAUCGGUGGUGAUGGAGCUAUUUACGAAGGUAGAGGUUGGAAGGUAGAAGGAGCCCAUACUUUAGGAGCUAACGGUAAAAGUUUUGGAGUUGCCUUUAUCGGUACUUUCACCAAAGAGCCACCGCCUGAAGUUAUGAUCACUGUUUUCUAUAAGCUAGUUGAUAGAGCUAUACAAAAAGGUUAUCUAACGACAAAUUAUAAAAUAAUGGGUGCCAGGCAAUUUUCAGGCGUAGAAAGUCCAGGAAAGGCUUUCUAUGAAUUAAUAAAAACAUGGCCUCAGUGGUCUGAAAGACUGUAA